AGUGUUAAGUAGAGGACUAUGGCGAUGAUGGCCUCUCCUGCAGUGAUUCUUCUCUUCUCAGCUGGACUUGCCCUUGGACAGGAUGAAAGAGUGGCAGUCAACGGGAAGGAGUAUCCACUCGACAUGGCAUUCAAUUCUGCCGAUGACCAAUACGAAGGCUGUGCCAAGAACAUGGCAAACUUCGUAGAGGCCAUAUUUCUUAAACGUGAACUUCGCAAUAAUGACGAGUUUGGUGAUGCUUGGAGAGAAGUAGAACAGGCCCAUUAUUGUGACAACCCAGGACAUGGUUUGACAAGAAAUCAUUGCAUUGCCCUUUUUAUGUAUACUGGCACAGGCGUAUAUUAUUCAUUCAAUAGUGCCGUUCGUAACGGUAAAGAGAAGUACAACUCCCUGACAUUUGAAUGGUAUUCCCUCCAGUUUUUCAUAACAGAGGCACUGCAGAUUCUUCAGGGGAAAACAACAUGCAGAUGGACUUACCGUGGUACGCGUCUAGAGUUUGAUAAAGACAUUAAACACAAAGAGAUCCGUCUAGGCGCGUUUACAUCCUCCUCUCUAAACCAUUCCAUUGCACAAGCAUUUGGUAACACGUCUUGUUUUACGACUUACACAUGCUAUGGUGUGUAUAUAGCUCAGUAUUCUCCAUUUGAUGAGGAAGAGGUACUUAUUCCUCCAUAUGAGACGUUUGUUGUCAUUGAUGUGUUAAGUAGGGCAUCCGAUCCUGACCUCUGGUGUGAUACUGUGUAUGUGUUGAACAGCACUGGCACCAGAAGUGACCUGAACUGUGCAGUGGUAACAUUACCGUUUUUCUCAAUCACAAAGUCACACGUAGGCCUGCUGAAACUGGGAUUCAGUUGAUCUUCAUCACAUCCUUCUUAGCAAAGUAAGUCUUCUACUGGCAAAUGUGGUAACGCUUACAUUGGUUUCCACAUAUUUCUCACACCAUUUUUCUGAAUAGUUUUUCAUUGUCACGUUGGUAGAAUUUGCCAUUUCUCAUACACUCUAUGUGUAGAUGCUGAAUUAAUGAAUUGUUCAGAGGUGAAUCUUGACUUCUCACUUCUCAUUUGAUUUUGCAAACAUUCUUCAGCUUUGAGGUUAAUACACAGAUGGGCUAUACAUGGGAAACCAUUUUGUUCUGUAUGAUUGAAGCACACUCUGAUUCUUAUUAUUUGGGCUAUUGGGCUCUGUGGUUUGUAGCCUACACAAUGUCCAAGUACAGAAGACAUGAACCUAA